GUUUGUUAAAGAGUGUGGAUAUUGUUGUGUUACUAAGCGCCACCUUUUGGCUAAUGCUUUAUCGAAGUCGAUUUGGAAAGGUCCAAAGGUCUGAUCGCUCAGGCAUUUUUAAGAGAGCGGAGGUGCCAAUUACGCAACUUUGAUAUCUCCUCUGUCGUCUGAGGAAACCGGCGUGGUGCUUGUGGCUCUACACCUCUGUGGGAUUUAAAAAAACAAACAAAAAAACACUUUGCCAGCUCUUUUCAUCAGACUUUGUGUAACAUGUCAGCCACGCGUGUGCAGUUUAUUUCACCCAGAACCCUACGGCUUCUAAGCCCGGGGCGAAGCGCGCUGUUCUUACCCGGCUGCGGUGGACCGCAUCGGGGUGGCGGUGUUCCCGGGUUCCGUUCACUGACUUCUCCUCCUUUGUCCUCCUCUUCUUCUCCCGGCAGAGCCUUAUCCAGUUUGAGCACUACGCGACGUGCACUUCCCAAAACAAAAAUGUCCGAUAACGGGACGAUGUCUCGGGGCAAGGUGCUGACCAUCGACAACAUGAACCCCACAGUGAAGAAGGUGGAGUACGCCGUGCGGGGGCCCAUCGUGCAGCGAGCUGUGGAGCUGGAGAAGGAGCUCAGUGAGGGAAUGAAGAAGCCCUUCGCAGAGGUCAUCAGGGCCAACAUUGGUGAUGCACAGGCCAUGGGCCAGCAGCCAAUCACUUUUUUCCGACAGGUGCUGGCGCUGUGUUCCUAUCCUGAUCUGCUGAGUGACAGCACAUUCCCAGAGGAUGCGAAAAGUAGAGCAUGUCGCAUUCUGAACUCCUGUGGAGGGAACAGUAUGGGUGCCUAUAGUGCAAGUCAGGGCAUAGGCUCUGUACGUCAGGAUGUGGCUCGUUUCAUCGAAAGGCGUGACGGCGGUGUGCCCUGCAAUCCAGACAACAUUUACCUCACCACAGGGGCCAGCGACGGCAUUGUGACCAUGCUGAAGCUGCUGGUGUGUGGUGAAGGUGCAACGCGCACAGGCGUCAUGAUCUCCAUACCUCAGUACCCCCUGUAUUCAGCUGCGCUUGCUGACCUCAGCGCUGUGCAGAUCAAUUAUUACCUUAAUGAAGAAAAGUGCUGGAGUCUGGACAUCAGUGAGCUCCAGCGAGCUUUGGAUGAGGCCAGACUCCACUGCAACCCCCGCGCCCUGUGCAUCAUCAACCCUGGAAAUCCCACAGGUCAGGUGCAGAGCAGAGAGUGCAUUGAGGAUGUAAUCCGAUUUGCUGCAAAAGAGCGUCUCUUCCUCAUGGCCGAUGAAGUGUACCAGGAUAACGUGUACGCUGAGGGUUGCCAGUUCCACUCCUUUAAGAAGGUUCUGUUUGAGAUGGGGCCUGAGUACUCUGAAACAGUUGAACUGGCAUCGUUCCACUCCACCUCCAAGUGUUACAUGGGAGAGUGUGGUUUCCGCGGCGGCUACAUGGAGAUCAUCAACAUGGACGAUGAUGUAAAGGACCAGUUGACCAAGCUGUUUUCGGUCCGUCUCUGUUCUCCUGUUCCUGGACAAGCUCUAAUGGACCUGGUGGUAAACCCCCCUCAGCCUGGGGAACCUUCAUAUGAGCGCUUCAUCCAGGAACGCACGACUACAUUAAGUGCUUUGGCAGAGAAGGCCAAACUUACUGAGCAGGUACUCAAUACCGUGGAGGGCAUCCGCUGCAAUCCUGUGCAGGGUGCGAUGUACUCCUUUCCUUGCAUUACCAUACCUGAAAGGGCCAUCCAAGAGGCCAAGAAACUUGGUCAGCAGCCGGAUAUGUUUUACUGCAUGAAGAUGCUGGAAGAGACGGGAAUUUGCCUCGUCCCUGGAAGUGGUUUUGGCCAAAGAGAAGGAACAUACCACUUCAGAAUGACCAUCUUGCCACCAAAAGAUAAGCUGAAGAUUUUGCUAAACAACGUUAAGGAGUUCCACCAGCGGUUCACCCAGCAGUAUUCCUAAAUUAAAGCAUCAAUUAUACCUCGA